UCCCCUUCUUUCUGUCUCCUCCAUUGCACAUCCACAAUAGCUGAUGUUUCAGCUUCUGAACCUGUAUCAGCUGUGAGCUCUUUAUUAACAAUCUCCUACAACACUAUUACAAGCAUGACCACUGUAUCUGGGAUUACAUCACACAGUACAUUGCAGGAAUGAAAAAGCACAUGAAAUUGACAAACCUCUAAAUGUGUAAACAUGGUGAUUUUGCAAGGAUUUAAACUAAUGAUUUUUAGUUAUGUAUACAAGGCAGAAGACGAGUGACCUAGAAGACGCUUCAGUGUAGCCAUUUUCCAUAAUAAUUUACUUUCCACACUGCUGAAUCUUCGCUUUGGAAAGCCGGCUUUGGUACUUCCUGAUAGUACGAAGGGCAGGCCUCUUCCAGAGGAUACUGGAAUGGACUCCUUUGGCGGCACCAUAGGGGAGGACAUUAACUCUUCCACCUCGACUACAAGUGAGUCCCAUCACAAGAGAAAAACACUUGUGGCUCCGGACAUUAACAUCUCCUUGGAUCAAAGCGAAGGCUCUCUGCAUUCUGAUGACUUCCUAGAUGCACCUGAUGACUUGGACAUCAAUAUAGAUGAUAUAGAGACCCCAGAUGAAACUGAUUCUUUGGAGUAUUUGGCUAAUGGAAAUGACUUGGAAUGGGAAGAUGACACGCCUGUUGCAAGUGGCAAGAAAAUACCUGGGUACAGCGCAGACCUGUUUGAUGAUGAAGAAGUUGAAGGGGGGGAGGCUACAAAUGGACGCUUGUGGAGAACAGUUAUUAUUGGAGAGCAAGAGCAUCGUAUUGACCUAAAAAUUAUAAAACCAUAUAUGAAAGUGGUCACACAUGGAGGAUACUAUGGUGAGGGGCUAAAUGCCAUCAUUGUAUUUGCUGCUUGUUUUCUCCCAGACAGUGGCUGCCCUGAUUACCAUUAUAUCAUGGAGAAUCUAUUUCUUUAUGUUAUUAGCAGUCUGGAGUUGCUGGUGGCAGAGGAUUACAUGAUUAUUUACUUAAAUGGUGCCACACCUCGAAGAAGAAUGCCUGGGUUAGGAUGGCUGAAGAGAUGCUACCAGAUGAUUGACAGGAGGCUAAGAAAAAAUCUGAAAUCUUUAAUUAUCGUCCACCCAUCCUGGUUUAUAAGGACAGUGUUGGCAUUUUCCAGACCAUUUAUAAGUGUGAAAUUUAUCAACAAGAUACAGUAUGUGCAUAGUCUAGAAGAACUGGAGCAAAUCAUCCCUAUGGAAAAUGUACAUAUUCCUGAAUGUGUAUUUCAGUAUGAUGAAGAAAGAAUCAAAGCCAAGAGAGAAAGUAUUUUUGUUGAAAAAGCGUCAGGAGAAACAGAAAAUUUCCCAAUGUACCAUGCAGCCGCUACCAGGGAAGAAGAAAGGGAGGAAAAGGUUGAAACAACAAGCUUUCCACAAUCUGAUGAUCCAGUUUGUAAAUGAAUCAUUCCAUAGACUUCAAUACAACUUCUCGGCAUGAAAUAAACCUUUGUAAAAGAUUCCUGCUGCAUCUUCCAGUCUGAACCUCCAUUUUAAAAGGCAACACUGAGCCUUAAACCUUCUUAUUGUCCAAGAUCUUCCUUUGGUGCACUGUUUGUUCUGUGAAUAAUUUUCCCCAUCACACAAUUACAUCAUAAUUUCUCUCUUCAUGGGUAAAAAGGAAAAGCUUUUCAAGGGGUACUUAUUUACAACAUUAUGUGUAAUUUAAAAUUCUAUGUGAGAGAAAUGCUAGCCAUCUGCAUCUAGUGAAAGCUGUACAUGCAGGCACGAUCAGACUGGUAGAGGAUCUUUCUUGUAAAAGACACUUUGAAAUACAUACCCAAGCUAUUGAAAAGGCUACAGAAGGAGAAAGAGAAUAACAACAUCAUUGUUAUUUAUAUUACCAUUGGAACUACUGAAGAGAGAAAAAAUGAUUAUUAAAAACAUUUUGAUUAUCGUGAAUAAUUUCAGAAUGGAAACAUAACCCAGGGCUUUCAAAGUUUAAAUUAUCACGAUCCCAAUAGAAGAACAGCCUGAGGGGAGGAUGGUCUCAUCCCACACUUGUGAAGAAAAAACAAACAAAGUAAGGUGUAAGUUUAUCUUGUACUAAAUACAGGUAAAUAAACAAUCCUACAAUGGAA